UCUUCGAUAUAUGCACCGGAGGAGAUCGAGAGAGAGAGAGAGAGAGAGAGAGAGAGAGAGAGAGAGAGAGAGAGAGAGAGAGAGAGAGAGAGAGAGGAGGAGGGGGAGAGGAGAGAGAGGGAGAGGAGGAGAGGGAGGGGGGGAGGGAGGGAGGGAGGGAGGGAGGGAGGGAGGGAGGGAGGGAGGGAGGGAGGGAGGGAGGGAAGACAUCUUACUCUGAGGACUUCAUGCAACUUAACUAU